AUGGCCAUGGCUGUGUUCAGACCUGUGCUUGUCUUUCUGAGUCUUCUGCACUGCACAGAAUCAGUCUCAGCUCCACAUGAGUUUGUGAAAGAGGGAGGAAAAAUCACUUUGUCCUGUAACAAUGUAAGAGAGAGACAAAGGAAAUGUAGUGGAACCACAUGGAUUUUCAACUCAGCCAAAAGAACAGAAUCAACUGAAGAACUUAUUACACAUGGACAAGUCGGGUCCAGGGUCACAGAGAUGUCAAAUCGACUCAAAGUGACUGAAAACUGUGGUCUGGAGAUUCAAAAUGUCCAGUCUCAGGAUGCUGGACUGUUCCACUGUCAACAAUACGAUACAUCUGUGCAACCACAACGUCUAGUGCCUGAUGCUCCUGUGUAUCUGUCUGUGGUCUCAGUGACUAAAACGAACAAUAAGGAGAACGUUCAGUUAAGAUGUAAUGUGUCCUCCAUUCUCUCUGAUGUUGAAACAAAAUGGCUGCUCAACGGCCAAGAUGUCAAUGAUCUAACAUUAACCACAACAGACCGUCGAGAUGCCACCACUGUCACAGUUCCAAAAUCAUAUUUCUAUUACAAAGAUGUGAAUCUGUUCAAAUGUGAAGUGUCUCAUGGAGUGAACAAGAAGAUCUUCUCUCUCAGAUCCAACAAACCAGAGGAAGCUCAAACUACAGCCUCUCCACAGAACAAGAGCACAUAUGGAGGUUGGCUGUGGGCUGUGGUGGUGGUUGUAGCUGCAGUACUUCUCACUGUGGUGGCCCUGGUCACAUGGAGGAGACUCAGAGUGAAGUCUGAGGACACCGGAAACGACCCCCCUGUUGAACCUGAAGAGGGAGUGUCCUACGCCACCGUCAGCUACAAGAGGAACAACCAGAGAAAUGAGGUCAGACCGAGUGAGGAGGCAAUGAUCUACAGCUCAGUGAGGAACACCACUGUGGAGGACCCUGCUCAGCUCUACGCCACCGUCAAGAAAUAAACCAACAACCAAGACACGCAAAACUAAUACACCAGCAACUAAACAACCGACCCAGCACAUC